AAACGCAGUAAGAAGAAAAAGAAAGAAAAGAAGAGAAAAAGAGAAGAGGAUGAUGAAACCCAACUUGAUAUUGUUGGAAUGUGGUGGACAGUAGCCAACUUUGGUGACAUUUCAGGAACUAUCACCACUGAAAUGGAUAAAGGAACCUAUAUCCAUGCACUUGACAAUGGUCUUUUUACUCUGGGAGUGCCACAUAAGGAAGUUGAUGAAGGUCCUAGUCCUCCAGAGCAGUUUACUGCUGUUAAAUUGUCUGAUUCCAGAAUUGCUCUGAAAUAUGGCUAUGGAAAAUAUCUUGGUAUCAAUUCAGAUGGACUUGUUGUUGGGCGAUUGGAUGCCAUUGGACCAAGAGAACAAUGGGAACCAGUAUUUCAAGAUGGGAAAAUGGCCUUAUUGGCCUCAAAUAGUUACUUUAUUAGAUGCAAUGAAGCAGGUGAUAUAGAAGCAAAAAGUAAAACAGCAGGAGAAGAAGAAAUGAUAAAGAUGAGAUCCUGUGCUGAAAGGGAAACGAAGAAAAUAGAUGAAAUUCCAGAAGAAGACAAAGGGAAUGUAAAACAGCGUGAAAUCAACUACAUAAAAAAAUUUCAUUUCCAGGACCAUAAACUUAAAAUCAGUAAAGAAGACAGUAAAAUUCUUAAAAAGGCUCGGAAAGAUGGAUUUUUACAUGAGACACUUCUGGACAGGAGAGCCAAGUUGAAAGCUGAUAGAUACUGCAAAUGACUGGGAUUUUUCUUUGUUUCUGCUUACUCCUUUUAUUUUCUCUGAA